GAAUGAGAACGUGACGUCACAUGUCAACAAAGAUGGCGGCCCAAACAAACACCUCUUGGAGUGCGAGCGAUUUAACGAGGUCAUUCUUGGUGCAAACAAUACUUUACAGGAUAAUCUUACACUUUGUGAAGGAACGCUAGCUGACCCAGCAUGUAUGAUCCGAGCCCCAGAAGUGUACAAUAUUAUGAACCAGGAUGAUGGAUAUCCUCUAUUGGAAGAUGUGGUACAGCCUGCAGUAGAAGAUAUGACUCAGCCAGCUGCUGAGUCUACAAAUCAAAGUAUGCCAUUAUCAAAGAUAAUGCCAAGCUAAGUGGUUAUGAGAAGCAGGAGCAGUGGUCAUUUUUUGAAACCAUGGAUGAGGUAUACAGUAGAGAUCCUUCAGUGGUACCUAUUGCUUCAUUCUCCUCUGAACUAGCUUCAACUUCAGGGAAGGCCCACAGAGGUCAUCAGUUGCCACCUGUUGUAGUACCACUUCCUUUGCCAACCCCAACUAGAGAGUCUUCUGGAACUACAACAUCUACGAGCUCUGUGCCAUCUCCUCCAGAUGGCACACAGAGAAGGAGACAUGAAGAGUCAGCAUCAGUGACGAGAAUUCUGAAAGUGCACUUAUUGGAUAUAGAGAGAUUUUGUGCAAUAACUGCAGAAGAGAAUAGUAUAAUGGAAAAAUUCCAGUCCUCUCUGUCAGACUUCCAAUAAAAGUCUAAAAGGGAACAAACCAGUAAAGUAAUAGAUGAUUUCAGUACAGAAAUAAGAGAAAUGAAAGAUAUAAAAAAAAAAAAAACAUCAAGGAGACCAAGUCAGCAUAUAAUUAGCUUGCUUAACAACCACCAUACAGAGAUGCUGAUGCUACAACAACAGCACAUUUUGUAAGAGUUUGAAGAUGUCAAAGUGAAAAUGAACUCUGAAGAGGAAGAUCUGCAGGUUCACUGUUCCUACAUUUUUUUUUUCUUCUUUUUUUUUAUGUGUCUAAUGAGCAGGUGCAUUUUGCUCAAGGCAACUCUUUGGCAACGUCCUUGGGAAAUCUGCCUCCCCACCCCCCCUUUUUUUUUUAGUGACUGUCUACCAGCAUCUGUGACAUUGGCAUUAUGUCCCCAUUUCAAACUGUAUGAGUAAAAUGGGAUGAGAGGCAUGAAGAUGGCAUAUCUAUAGGCCAUGUAUUAAACAAUUUUGUGGGGUUGGGGACUGUUUGCCCUUAUGAGUAUUUGUAAUCGUUAUUAAUUUGAAUGUUUAAUAUAUUUAUUUCAUUUCACCACCUCUCAUUUCCCUCAGGGCAUCAAAACAUUAAAGUUAGUCUCUUACUGAUAUAUGAAUAUUUAGGGAAAAAAUAUAAAGGCUAACAUCCAGUAGUGUGCUAUAUGCUAUUGUACUCUUAGCCCAGUAUUGGUGAUUAGCCUAUGAAAUCAAUAAAGUUAUAAUCACUGACAGUA